UUCCGAUUGCAUUGCAGAUGGAGGAGGCCCUCGCGGCUUCCCUCUCUUCCCAAUCCCGUGCUCCACUGUCGCCUCCCGUCGUUGAGUAACGUUGAUGCCGAAGCGUAAGUCUCUGAUCCCCAAUUUCUCUUCUUCAAUUCUCGAUAUGGCUUCUCCUUGCUUCUUUCUCUGUUGCUGGAUUGGUUCAGCACCGUCAUCAACAACAAGAUCCAUCUCAGCUAACACUUAAACGUGGAAUAAAAGAUAUUAUCCGUAGGGCGCCAAGCGGUUGCUAGUGUGUGGUUUUCAAUUUCUCUCCACCAAAACCAAAAAUGCGUUGCGUGGGUUGUUCUUGGUCACGGCCAACCGGAGCUUCUCGAAUCUCCUUUGGUGGUCACCUUUCGUCUGGAUUUCACCGCUCUCAUUUAUCGUCGUCAUCUCUCUCUUUUCCAUCCUCUGGCGAUGCGAGCUUCCUCGUGUCCUGCUCCUCCACAUCUGAACCGUCCGAUCAUAAAGAUUCGUCAAACCGCUCGUACAGCCGUCGAUGGUACAAUCCUCUUCCUCGGCGUCGACAUGCCGAUCAAAUGCCAACUUCACGGAUUGCUCGUGACUGGAUUGAUUCAGAUACCUCUACCGUGUCCGAAGAUUCAGAAAGAUUCACUGUCGUGUCAUACAACAUACUGGGAGAUAGAAACUCAUCGUAUCACAAAGAUUUGUACUCCAACGUCUCGUUUCCUUACCUCAAGUGGGGUUACCGCAAAAGGUUGAUAUGCGAGGAACUCAUUCGUCUCAGACCAGACAUAAUCUGUAUGCAGGAAGUAGACAAGUAUUUCGAUCUAUUCAGCAUGAUGGAGAAAGCUGGAUAUGCUGGCUCCUACAAGCGGCGAACUGGAGAUAACGUUGAUGGAUGCGCAAUCUUUUGGAAGGCUGACAGGUUUCGGGUUUUGGAGAGGGAAAACAUUGAGUUUAGCCAGUUUGGUAUGCGUGAUAACGUUGCACAACUUUCUGUUCUCGAGCUGAGGAAGUCUAUGUCAAGAAAGAUACUGGUGGGUAACAUUCAUGUGCUUUAUAAUCCAAAUAGAGGAGAUGUGAAGCUGGGUCAGAUCCGUUCGCUCUGCACAAAGGCUCACCUGCUCUCUACGAAAUGGGGUGAUAUUCCUAUUGUUCUAGGCGGAGAUUACAAUAGCUUACCCCAGAGUCCAUUGUACAACUUCUUGGCGUCCUCUGAACUGAAUAUCAUGAAACAAGACAAAAGGGAGCUGUCUGGCCAGAGAAAUCGUCUUCCUAACCAAGUUCUCGAGGCAGGAGGCAAACCUAGUAAUCCAAUAACUUCCAUAAACAUAUGCUCAAGUAGCUCUUGGAGCAACGAAGAGAUCCGUCUCGCGACCGGGCAAGAGAACUCGUACUGGGCUGUGCAUCCGUUGAAACUCCAUAGCUCAUACGCCUCAGUUAAGGGUUCAACAAAUACAAGGGACUCUAUUGGUGAACCUCUAGCAACCUCGUACCACUCCAAAUUUCUUGGAACGGUUGAUUACCUCUGGUAUUCAGAUGGUAUUGCACCUGCAAGAGUUCUUGAUACACUUCCCAUUGAUGUCCUCUGCAGAACCAGAGGCCUUCCUUGUCAAGAGUUGGGUAGCGAUCACUUGGCAUUGGUUUCUGAAUUUUUCUUUGAACCGAAUGGUUGAUGACUUCUGAAAUCAGCUUAGAUUGCUUACGGUUUACAUAUUUGUUUAUGAUAUAAUAGAUUUACUAGAUUUUGACCCGCGCUUUAAAAGCGCGGGAUAUUAUACUUUGUAAAAUAUAAUAAAAAUUUAUCAAAUGCUUUGUUAAAAAUGAUGAAAUUGUAGAUUCACCUUAUUUAAA